UGUAGCCUUAUGAUCUGUGGAGCUCAAUUUGUUGUCGGAAGAUGAAACUUUUAGACCAAUUUGGCUUGGAAGGUUUGAGUUCGCAAUUAAGUAACGGUAGUAAAAGAUAUAAAAUUGAUGCCAGGCUAGAAAGCUAUUCAUGCAAAAUGGUUUCAGAAGAGAAACGUCAAUAUAAGGAAUUAGUUUCUCGUUUAAAUAGUGAUGAAAAUCAAGAAUCUCCUGCCCUUUACCUUGGGUCCUCGCAAACUCUACGGGAUUUGUAUGAAAUGACUGGACAAGUGGUCGAUCCCGAAACAAUUCGGAUGAGUAUCAUCCAGGAUCAGUCACCACCGAAUUCUUCCAGCCUCUCCCCUCCCAGAAAUGUAUGCAGCGGAAGAAAACGUACUCGAUCUGAAACAUCUAUAUGUUUGAAUGAUAGUACUUCAGAAUCACCGUCUCCAAAGUUUCCAACCUCAGCUCUAUCAACCAAAGAUUUGUUCUGUUUAAUGAGUACAUUAAAUAGUUGUUUUGGCCCUGCCUAUGAUUUCCUUACUGCUAGAAGUGAUGAGUUUUGUUUGGAACCUGAACUAUGGCUUGUAAAACACUACAUUUCUCGGUUCUGUUCCAUUUAUGUGGAUAAAUACGAAGAUCUAGCACCUCAUCUUUGGAAAGUCAUCGGUGAUGAAAUUGUGCCUGCUCAAUGUCGCAUAUAUAGUUAUCGUCCUGAUCAUCUAUCCGAUCCAUACAGCUCAGGAUGUUUAGCAUCUUUCAAUUAUUUUUUUCAUAAUCGAUGCUUACGUCGUGUAUUAUUCUUUUCUCUUCGUGUAUUAAAUGAUUCACUCGUAGAUGAUGAUGAAGAUGAACUAACUGAAUCCAAUUUAUACUAAACAAAUUGAAAUGAUCUUAGUUGUUUAUUUGUAAACUUAUUCUCUUCAAGAAUGACUAAAAACUGUUUACGAUGAUUUGUGGAUAGUUCUAUUAUAUGACUUUCCAUAAUUCUAUCAAUCACCUAUAAGCAGAGAUAGUUUAUUAUACGUACUCGUAAGUUAUAUUUUUAUCAUCACCAUUAUACAUACAUACCGGAUUAUAUUGAUUCAUCCCAUAUUUCAGGGUUUUUGCAUUUAUAGUUUUUAUAUUCCUCGAAAUAUAUUUCAUUGUACUAACAACCAUAAUACAUUAAAUGUUUUAGAAUUCCCUUUCAUCUUACCUGUAUGCACACACGACCAACAUGUUAAUAUUUAUAAUUGAUCACUUAGUUUAUCAAAUAACUUUCGUGUAUAUAUUCUUUUUGUGACAAUAUAAAUCUCUCCUACACAAGGCGUAUUAUUUAAAUGUAUUUUUUUACACAGAACUUUUCCACUAUAAAUCUGUGAUUGUUUGUGUUCUACUGAUAACACAUAUAAGUAGGAUAUGUCACCGAUCGAAAUUGGAAUACCUGGCUGCAGAAGAUUGAGAAGAUCGAAGAGGCGAGAACGAGAACAGAGAGUUUUUGGUGCGGAAAGGAAGGAACAGUUAAGUCUGAGACAAUCGAUAGACAUCUAGCAAAUGAAGUAUUUACUAUAUGGUUCUCAGAUUUUCCUAACAGAUUCUGUAAGUUUGUAUUCAAAUACAUUUGUUUGUCUC